UAAAAUUCUGCGAUCUGUGAUUCCUCUGUAGCGAAAUUGAACUAGAAUUGCUUUGCAUCUCUUUUACGGCAGCAGAAGAAAGGUUAUGUGCAUAUGGUUAGCCAGUUGAGGUAGGGUUUCCAGUAAUGAAACUAUGGCUAUUGUUUUUUUUUUUUUUUGGUGACAAUGGUUUAUGCACUGGCUCUUAUUCUGAUCCCUCUGGAUAAAUACUGUCUGAAUUUUUGUUUUUAUCUUCUAAAAAAUGUCACGAAAAAAGUUUCUGAUUCAAAAUAGUAUUUGAAGUGUCAAUAUUCUCUAUAUAUCUGGUUGAUUGUGUUCAUUGCUAUGGAUUAUUCGGUGCGGAGGUUUAGAAAAAUACUGGACUAGAUUUUAGCUCUGUUUACUGACCCAGAAACGCUGAAGAUUGAUUCUGAUUCAGCUACUGAUAUGCUGGGUUUUCCACACAUUCAUCUGUGUAAUUUCAUAUUCCAAAUUCUUGCAUCAAUCUUCUGAAUGAUUAUUGAGGCCAAUAUUAUUUGAUCUUUGUUUUUCGGAAUCUAGGGGGGAAAUCUGCUGAAGUUGAAGUAUACUACUGAAUGUCCUCGACUGGCAUGUGUAGCUUGCCCUUUUGAUUGUCAUUGAGAUAGGCACUACCUGUGAUGCCAAACGAUGUGCCUUCAUGAUGAAAGCUCUGUCUUUGAGAUCCAUAAGGUUAUGUCUCUGCUAUUGCUUCAUGCCCUACAAGAGUGGGUCAAAAUUCCUUAGCUCAUUUCUUAUCAUUUCUCUGAUGCAUAGUUGGCACACAAGUUUUUUAGAGUGCCAUUCACAUCAAUACAUGAUCUAUGUGAAGGUGGCGUAAUAAAUUUUUCCAUAUAUACAUAUAGUUAUAGUUAUACUCUUCCCAUUUGUAAAUGAUACUCUUUUAUGUGAAUGAAGUGGUAAUGUAUUAUUUCAUCUCACUGUGAGAUUUGACAUGGAGAAUAAACCAAAUAUAUUGAUGCAAAGAUAUGAAUUAGGAAGGUUGUUAGGCCAAGGUACCUUUGGAAAGGUAUACUAUGCCCGCAGUACAAUAACUAACCAGAGCGUGGCUAUUAAAAUGAUAAACAAGGACAAAGUUAUGAAAUCUGGACAAGCUGAACAGAUCAAGCGGGAAAUAUCUGUAAUGAGACGUGUGAAACAUCCCAAUGUUAUACAGAUUUAUGAGGUUAUGGCCACCAAAAGUAAGAUUUACUUUGUUAUUGAAUAUGCUAAAGGCGGUGAGCUCUUUGACAAGGUGGCCAAAGGAAAGCUCAAAGAAGAUAUUGCUCAUAAAUAUUUUCAGCAGCUAGUGAAUGCCAUAGACUUUUGUCAUAGUAGAGGCGUUUACCACCGUGACAUAAAGCCAGAGAACCUUUUGUUGGAUGAAAAUGGGAACCUAAAGGUUUCUGAUUUCGGAUUGAGUGCUCUAGCUGAAUCCAAGAGACAGGAUGGCUUACUACAUACACCUUGCGGCACGCCUGCCUAUGUUGCUCCUGAACUCAUCAAAAGGAAAGGUUAUGAUGGUGCUAAAUCUGAUACUUGGUCUUGUGGAGUUGUUUUGUUUGUCUUACUGGCAGGUUAUCAUCCUUUUCAUGAUUCAAAUUUGAUAAUGAUGUAUAGGAAGAUUUCCAAGGCGGACUUUAAAUUCCCUACUUGGUUCUCCCCAGAAGUACGUAGACUGCUGAUGAAGGUUUUGGAUCCAAAUCCUGAUACUAGAAUUCCCCUAGCUGAGAUUAAGGAAUCUUCUUGGUUUAUUAAAGGGCCAUGUCCUAGAGGUGGGAAAUCUGAAUUGGGGAACAAGAAUGUCUCCACAUCAGGUACAAAGCCCUGUGAUCAAACCGACGAAAGUGAUAGUAUAGCAGCAGAAGCAACACAAGAGUCAGUUGUUCCCACAAGUAUAAAUGCUUUUGACAUCAUCUCCCGUUCUAAAGGUUUUGAUCUAUCUGGGUUCUUUGAAGAUAGUUUCAAGAAGAGAGAAGCCAGAUUUUCUUCAAGGCAACCAGCCUCAGUCAUAAUCUCCAAGCUGGAAGAAAUCACCAAGCGUCUGAGGAUGAAGAUAAAGAAAAGAGCUGCAGGUUUGCUGAAAUUAGAGGGCCUCAAGGAAGGUAGAAAAGGGACUCUAGGCAUUGAGGUGGAGAUCUUCGAGGCUGCUCCAUUUUUCCAUUUGGUUGAGAUGAAAAAAUCAAAUGGAGACACUUUGGAAUUUCAGAGCAUAUUGAAAGAGGGAAUUAGGCCUGCUCUUAAGGAUGUCGUUUGGGUUUGGCAAGGGGAUCAGCAGCAACAAUCACAGCCAUCAGAGGACCAGAUACAGAUGCAUGACCAGCCAGUAACACCAUCCACAUCUGUAACACAUUCUUAAUUUGAAGCCCAGUGUCUCUUCAAGUGUUUCACCUUUCACGUUUUAUCCCACUAGAUGGAGUCGGCUAGAUGAAUCGCACAACAUCAAAAUACUCUAUCAACAAUCAAGUUCUUAGGUAUGUUGUGGAUCAGGAGGUCCCGUUCAUUUACUACCAUACUACAUAGCUGAUCUUAUAACAUAGAAUACAAGUUGGUUGGUUAAAGUGGAGGAAGGUUAUCGCCUUAUCAGUGUUAUUUGCAAUAAGAAGGUACCUGAGAAGUUUACAGGAAAAUAUUAUCGGACUGCUAUAAA